AUGCUUCUCCUGUCCGCGACUGUUGUCUGGGUGCUCCGGCACUUCAUGGAGCUGCCCGCCGGCAGAAAGUUUAUUCGCAUUUUCUCCAUCACGGGCAUUUCUCGCGCCAGGAUGAGCUCCGCGCGUCUGUACACGACGGUGGAGAUGGAUGGGAAUUUAGAGGACGAUAUUAGACUUGAGGACGAUGUGGAUGAUGCGUUUGAGGUAACUGGGCUUAGGGGGCCGCUGUUUGGUGUGGUUCAGAAUUGGUUAACAUUGCUCGCCCGAAAGGCCGUCCUGAUUAUCUUUAUUCUGGACACGACCAUUGGAGUCGGGAUAUGGCUCCCGUUCACGCUGGGAAAGACGACAGCUUUGCUCCCACUGGACCCCCCACGGUUGUUUUACAUCCUACACCUGCCUAUCCGCGCAAUCCGCUACGUUAUAGAUCCGGUCGUGGACGUGAUCACCUACGUGACGUCUCGCACCGUUGUGCCGUUGGUCGUUGGCGCCUCGCGCCUUUACUGGACCGCGCUGCAGCGCCUCGUGCAGUUCGCCGUGACAAAGUCGGGUAGGAAGGAGCAAGCGUGGGCCGAGCCUCGCUUGGCCUCGCGCGGGCACGAAGUGCGCAGCGGCGUUGUCACUGCGCGUACGGGCUGGGUGCGCAUGGCGCUCGGCCACGGGCCGCACGAGCGGGUGUUCGCGAUCUUACUUUGCUACGCGGUUGUCGGUUUUGUGCUGGCUUUGUAUCUGAAUUACUUUACGGUGCGUAAUGCGAGGAGUGCGGGCCGGGCGGUGUGGAUGGCUGUUAGGCAGCAGCUAUUGGUGCUCAAGGUUGCGAUGUUCAUCAUUGAGCUCAUCAUCUUCCCGCUUGGCUGCGGAAUUAUGCUUGACGUGUGCACCGUCUGGCUCUUCCCUGAGGCAACGAUCGAGUCGCGCGCCGCGUUCUUCCUACACGAUAAGAAGUUCCACCCGAUCCGGGCCAUUCUCGAUCGGCCGACGCUCACCCAUAUCCGCAAGCUGCUCGUUCCGGCGCUGAUGUACUCGCUCGUUGUCGCGUCAGGCGUGGGCAGCGUUGCGACGCUGCUGUUUGUGGUUAGCAAGUCCAUCUUUCCCGAUUCCAUGGAAGACGAGGCGUCCGUGCGCGUUUGGAAACAGCUUGCCUCGAAACUGCGUCCGACAUUGUACAUGUUCGGGGACCGUCCCAGGAACGAAGAGGUGACCGUGCAAUACAAGACGUGGCCCGCGUCAUUCCGGCGCUCUGUCGAAGAUGGAGUUUCCGUCGAGAUAUCCGAUGAGGAGUACCGUCGCGUGCCGUCUAGCGACAACAUCACACUGCCCAAGGACAUGCUGGACGAGGAAGCGGCGAAGCUUAGGGCGGCGCAGAACACGGAGGAAAUCAAGUCGAAGCGGAACAUCGAGGACUUUGUCGUCGUGUACAUCCCUCCUCAAUUCCGCUGGCGCAUUAUUUGCUUCAUCCUCGCGGGCUCGAUUCAUGACCAUCCAACAUCGGGAUCGCCCACGUUGCUUUACCUCGUCCGCUGUGCUGCACCUGCGUUGCCCGUCCUCGCCUUCGCAGUGCGGUUCCCCACUGGAUCACUGAGCGUCACAAACGUAUCCAGCAAAAGCGCUUGGACCGCUCUCCAGUGGCACAAGGGCCCCCUCGAGCACAAUCUUCACCGCAAAGAGGGACCGCAUCCGCUCGCCCUUCUCGGGCUCCGGCGGCGCCUGCGCGAUCACGUUCAUCACCCUGUCUACGUUCAUCUGGUUGUACAUGUUGUCAAGCAGGCGCCGCGCCACCUCGACGUUGUUCAGCUUCAACGCAUGACUGCGGCUGGAAAUUAA